AUUUAAAGCUCCCAAAAACCCAACCCCCUUUCUCUCUUGUUCCUCUCCCAUUUCCCCCUUCUCGUUCGUCCCCCCUACUCGAGAUUUUUUUUUUGUUUUUUUACUCCGAAAAUCUCACCUUUUUCUCCCUUUCUCUCUGUCUCUUUCGCUUUAUUUCUCUCUUUGAAGUCCUUCUCCGUCGCUGGAAUCCGGUGGAGGCGCUGCUGAAAGGACUGGAACCCCCCGGAUUUCUUCGACCAGGUGGGCGGAGCUCGUUCCAAUCCUUGGAAUUUCUUUGAAUUCGGUGCUUUUUUGGUUUUAGGGUUUGUCUUGGUUUUUGUAGAUUAGAGCAUUCCGGUUUCCUGAUUGAAGCCGUAUGGAUCCUUUUUAGGGGCUUUCUGCUUCUCUGUUCGAUUGAUUGGAACUGUUCUUAUGGAUGUCUUCGUCGAAGAAAGGAGAAGGGGGGAGUGGUGGAGGGCCUGGCGAUGUUGCAGGCGGUGGCUCGGUGAACGAGGAUAAGCUUUUGGAGUCUGGUGAGCGUGUGGCUUCUACUCGGCGGACGGCUGGACGUGGAGCCGUUCAGAACGGGGGCAGCUCUGCCUUGAACAAAAGGAGUGGUAGGGAGUGGAAAACAUGUUUCGAGGAGAUACGAGCUGGGAAAAGGAGGGUUUUGAGAUCGGAUGUGGCCAGGAUAAGGGCAGAGGCUGAAGCUGCUAGGAAGAGAUCUGAGGAAGAGGGUGGUCGUGGAGUUGAGCAGGAUGAUGAUUGCUUCGAAAUCAGUUUCCAGAACGGUUCGGAUUGGAUAAAAGUUGGAGAAGAUGUCAAAGCUGAGAAAAAAGAAAAUUUGAAGUCAGAGCUUGCCGAUAAAACAGAAGAGUCUGACACCCAUAUGGAGAAUGGCACUGAAGAGACUUUGCUUAAUGAUGAUCAGCUCAGGAGCAACUCUUCCACCAGGAAAAGAGGAGAAGGAGAGGAGAUGGAGGCUGAGAAGGAGAGGCUUGCAAAGUCAUGUGUUCUUGAGCAGAUGGAAGAUCCUGAUGCUGAUGAGCAAAAAACUGCGGAAGCGUCUGACAUCAGUGAGAAGAAAGCUAUCAAAGUGGCUGAAGCUGAGAAGAAGAAAAUUACAGAAGAGUCUGACUCUGGUAUGAAGAAAGUUACAGAAGAGGCUGGAAGUGAUGAGAGGGAACUUACAGAAGUGUCUGAUACUAGCUUGAAGAAGGUCACAGGGGAGGUUGCUUAUGGAGCUUACCAAUACCAGAGCAGCUGUUCCCUUAUUGAAAGGAAUGGCAGAGAGCAGAUAAAAUGUGGAGACUUGAAAGAAGUUGAGAUGAGUGGAACAAUGGGUUUGGAUGCUGCCAAGAAAAGGGAAGAGGAAGAUACUUGUGGUAAUGAAGUUAUGGACUACAAGGCUCCUGAAGCUGAUGGGAACACAAACAACUCCAUUAACGAAAGUAAUGGAAUAAAGUGGAUGAAGUGCAAGGAGACCGAAGUUAACAGUACGCGAGUUCCAUGGCCGGACAUUACCAAGGCAAAGGAAGAGGGUAAACCUGAUUGCAAGGAAGUUGGAGAAGAUACCGACACUAACUUGAAGAAAGUUAUGAAGGAAAAUGACACAGAUAAGAGUGAAGCUACAGAAGUGACUAUUCCCGAAGCUGACCAGCAUGGAAAGAGUGCCACCAUCAGCAGGAGGAGUUGCACAGAGCAGAUGAAAUGCAGCAAUGAGUUUGAAGUUGAGAAGAAGAUUAUGAAGCUGGAUGCCGCAAACCAGAGGGGAGAGGUGGAUAUUGUUCGACAAGAAGUUUCAGAAGAGGCUGCUUCUGGAGUUCAACACAACAGGAUAACCAUCACCAGUAAAAAUAAUAAUGUGAAUCAUGAAAAUGAAGUUGAGAAGAGAAUUACUAGAUCUGCUUCUGCCAAGCAAAGGAAAGAGACUGACAAUGAAAAGAAAAAGGUUAAAGAAAAGGCUGGUGCAGAUAAUAAUGAAGCUACAGAAGAAUUUGUUCCUGGAGCUGAUCAAAAUAGGAACAUCUCCGCUGUUCGCAAAAGGAUUGGUAUGGAGCAAAUAGCAUGUGAGGAAGAGAUUAAUAUUGAGAAGCAGAUUGUGGGAAUGGAUGAUGCCAAUCACAGUAAAGAGGCUAGAUCCUGUAGGAAAAAAGUUAAAAAGGAGGCUGGUUCUAGAAUUGAUGCUGAAGACAUGGAACAGAUAAAAUGCAUGGAAACUAAACUUGACAAUAAGCGAAUUAUGGGGUUAAAUGUUGCCAAGCGAAGGAGAGAAACUAUCACCCAUAAGAAGAAAGUUAUGAAGGACUCUGUUUCUGGAUUCACUCAGAACAAAAUGGGCUUCUCCAACAGCAAAAGCCAUGACCCAGAACAAAUAGGUUUUGAGGAGAUCAAAAUUAAGAAUAAUGCAUAUAUCAAAUCAAACAAAGAGAAACAGAAAAAGGAGAUGGACACUAUCAACAAGAAGGUCAUGAAAUCUGUGUUGAACAAAAGGAGAGGCAGAGAGACAUCCAAUUCUGAAACCACCAUGAAGAAAAUCAAAUCAGAGUCUUUAAAAUAUGGACGUGACAGAACUGAGGAAUUCAGUGGGAAAAAAAUAAACUUUGAUUCUUCAAACCGCCGGGAUUUGGGAUGCAAAUCAGCAGUCCCUGCUACUGGACCGAAGGAUGGCCUGGAUGAGAAGACCAUGCUCAGGAGCACUAGGGGUCAAGGCAGGGCGGCUAGUAACAAAAAGGUGGAUGGGUUGGAGAAAGCCCACGUUCUAAGUGAAGAUGGUGAUAACAAAAGGAACAGAGGAUUUCCUGUGGGCAGUCACAGUAUAUCAAAACGCAGAAUCCUUUCUGUAAAAAGAGAAGGAUUAACAAAACCUCGUGGGGUUAAAAUGGAGCCUAAAUCUUUAUCUCCACAAGUAGCACCUCUAAAUUUGAAAUCUUCAAAUGGCAAGAGCAAGGUAAUGGUCAAACAAGAGAGUAGCUCUAUCCGUCUCAGCAAGAAGAACAAAGGUACAUCAGGUGAAGGACGGAAGGAGGCUAAAGACAAAGUCAGGGACCAGAUAAAAAAUAUACUUCUAAGUGCUGGCUGGAGAAUAGAUUUAAGGCCCAGGAAGGGCAAAAACUAUGAAGAUUCAGUUUACAUAUCUCCUCGAGGAUCAGGUUAUUGGUCCAUCACAAAAGCCUAUGAAGUGUUUCAAAUGGAAUUUAAUCAUACACAUAAUGAUAAAGCCAAGGAUGUAUCUAGAAGUUCUUCCAAGUCAUCUAAAAGGAGUGAAGGUUUGGGUUUUCCUUUUUCUGCCAUACCCAUAGAGGAUCUCAGCAUGCUGAAGAAAAAAAUUGUGAAGAGAAGCAAGGAUGAACUUAAGAAAGGUAAAAAGAAGCUCGGAGAUGGCAGCAGAAGUAAAAAAUCAAAGAAAGCUGGCAAACUAAAGUAUCUAAAGAACAAGGAUUAUAAGGGGGAGACCAAGGGAAAGGUAAAGGAGAAUGACACCGCUGGUUCAGGGUCAAAGGGUAUUACCGGUCAUGCACCUAAAAAACCACAUUCUGGAAGGUAUAAAAAAAGGCGAGGAUGUGCUCUGUUGGUUCGUGGAUCUAAGCAAGACAGAGAAACUGGAAGUGAUGGUUAUGUUCCAUAUGUUUGGAAACGUACCAUUCUCUCCUGGAUGAUUGAUCUGGGAAUUGUCUCAUCCAAUGGUAAGGUAAAGUAUAUGAACCAGAAGCACACAGAGGCAGUGCUGGAGGGCUGGAUCACCAGGGAUGGCAUUAAGUGCAACUGCUGUAAUAAGAUCCUUGCAGUCUCAAAGUUUGAGAUUCAUGCUGGCAGCACACUUGCUCACCCAUACCAAAACAUAUUUGUAGAGGAGACAGGGGUUCCCCUUUCUCAGUGCUUGCUAGAUGCCUGGAAGAAGCAGGAUGAAUCUGAACGUCAAGGUUUCUACACUGUAGACAUUGACGGUGAUGACCCAAAUGAUGAUACUUGUGGCAUCUGUGGAGAUGGUGGGGACUUGAUCUGUUGUGAUAGUUGUCCUUCAACAUUCCAUUUGAACUGCUUAGGCUUUCAGAUGCUUCCUCCUGGUGACUGGCACUGUAUGAACUGUUCAUGUAGAUUUUGUGAGGUAUCUUCUGGUUCUGAUGCCCAAGAAAAUGGUGGUACUGUUCCCCAAUUACUCACAUGUUCCCUAUGUGAGGAGAAAUAUCACCAAACAUGCAUUGCAAAGUUAGAUGAUGUUUCUGUUAGUUCCAGUUAUUCAUUGGUUCCCUUCUGCAGAUGCAGUUGCAAAGAGAUUUUUGAGCGAUUGCAGAGACUUCUUGGGGUCAAGAAUGACUUGGAAGCAGGAUUUUCAUGGACUCUCGUUCAACGUUUUGAUGAGGACUCACCAGAACCAGCAUGUGGACUAGAUCAAAGAGCUGAGUGCAAUUCCAAGAUUGCCGUUGCACUUGCAGUUAUGCAUGAAUGUUUUUCACCUGUUAUUGAUCAGAGAAGUGGCAUCAACCUGAUUCAUAAUGUCAUAUAUAACUGUGGAUCCAAUUUCAAUCGACUUAACUUUCGUGGCUUUUACACUUUUAUUUUGGAGCGUGACGAUGAAAUUAUCUCUACAGCAUCCUUGAGAAUUCAUGGAACCAGAUUGGCAGAGAUGCCUUUUAUCGGGACCCGGAAUAUGUACAGGCGCCAAGGGAUGUGCCGCCGCCUUCUGGCUGAAAUUGAAUCAGUUCUCUUUUCUCUCAAUAUUGAAAAGUUAGUAAUACCUGCUAUAUCUGAACUACAAGAGACCUGGACUAAGAUCUUUGGCUUCCAGCCUCUUGAGGUUUCACACAAACAAGAAAUUAGGUCUCUAAAUAUGGUGGUUUUUCCUGAAACUAGUCUAUUACAAAAACCAUUGUUGAAGGAGGAUUCCACUAAUCAGAGUAAGACUGCAGAAGGAGUUGACAAGGCUGUCCCUGAAAGCAAGCAUCAUCAUACACUAGAAGUAGCAAAUGAAUCUUCGUUCUGCUCUUUUGUCGAGUCUGUGCCCCAGGCUGCUAUUGUGACCACUGUCCAAUGUGAACAUGAAAUCAAACAAAGAGAAUCUAUGAAUGGUUGCACUGUCUCCACUUUUGAUAUGUCAGUUGAAUCAUCAGAUGCGCCUUGUGGAUCUAAAUUUGAAGCUUCUGAUUACAGACCUUUGGAGACUGCUGCUGAUGAGGACUUAAUGUUGCAUCCUAAGGCAGUUUCUAAUGAGGAAUCUAUGGUGAGAAGUAAAUUUCAACCUGAUACUUCUAUUGGAACUGAAACUAGUUUGCUUUGCCUGGGCACCAAGCAUGCUAAGAAUAAUGCGAAAAUUGUGGAAGCUGGGAUUUCAAGGGACUUGCUUGAUAUUAAUGGAACUUCAGGGGAGUAUAUCAUUGAUAGCAUAUGCACAUCUCCCGUUGUUAUUGCUUCUAAUUUACAAGAUUCUUGUACGAAAGAUGCAGUUAACUUUCCUGCUAAUGAUGGAAACCACAAUCCAAAAGAUCAGAUCGCUAAUCCUCGACCUAACUGUCAGGUUUUUGAUGAGGGCUCAACAUACAGUAAUUCUGAAAUGGUUGCUGAACCAUUAAACGCCAUAAACCCACUACAUAUGACUUCUCUUCCAGAGCCCGAUGUUCAUUCCGAUGGAGGGGUUACAGUAGUCAUUUCUCACAAGACAAAUGAUGAUGCAGGUCAUGCAGAACGAAGUCCUCAUGCUUUUAGUGAAGGUUCUGCUAAUCAUGCUAUUGAGAAGUUCACAUCUCUGAAUCCUGCAAGCGAAUCAGACUUCUUAUCUUCGAGUGGGCUUAAAAGUUCCAAGAAGGUAGCUAGUAACUUACCUGAUUCUUCCAAUUGCCUAAUGAUCUAACUUCUGAUGUGGCUUAUAACAAUCUGCAAAUGGUAGCAAGGGAUUCUGCUCCGAUUGUUCCUAGUAUUAAUGGUUCCUGUGCUUUCACAAAGAGCAGUCAGCUUGACACUUGCAGCAUGAUGGUUGACAAUGCUCGAGUUGUACCUGCUCAACUUUCUGUUAUUCGGUCAUCUCAAGAACAGCCUCUUUGUGCUGCUUCACAGUUGGUCUCGAAGCCUCUAGAUAAUGGUCUUAGAUCUACUUUUCAAUCUUCUAACAUGAGCAAUGUACAGCAUUAGUUCUAAGUUUAUAUAUGGUUCCCCUUACUACUUUUGGUGUAGCUCCUCUAUCUGCUGGUGGAGUGGACAUUUUGGAGGGACAUACUGUGGUUAGUGUCCGAGCAGGCCAAGUUUCUUGUUCUGAGCCUUGAUUCUGCUGAUUAAAAUUGUGGAUGGUGACAAUCUAUAAUUUUGUUCCUUGUGCUCUGUGAACUUGAAGUAUGACUCUGCAGUUGUCAGAUUCGUUGUGCAUGGACACAUCUUUGCAUUCUUACGUGGUUCAACUGAAAUUUGUGUCAAAACUUUUGCCAUCUGCUACCCAAGUCUUUUAAAAUAUCUUCAGUGGAGCUCCUUGUGCUGGUUGAGUUUAUUGCACCAUCAUGAAGUCCCAACAAGCCAAAUGCUUAUGGUAAUUUGUAGUGGUGGUGCUUCAUUUCUUUGGACAAGGCAUACCAGAAUGUUGGGGAUGAGCUCGAAGAGUCCACUCUUAUUCAAAUUGCAAUGCAUGUGUAAAGCAGGCAACAGAAAAUAGCUAACUUUUUUUUUUUUUUCGGUUGUAUACAUUUACUGAAGAUUGUUGGAUAUUAUGAUCUGAUGAAAAUCAUAGUUUUUCUUGGUUUUUUUCAUUCUGUUGAAUAAUAGCAUUGUUGGUUGCCAAAUUAUGUGAUGAAUGAGUUAUUGUAUUGUUUAUUUGGAAAAAGGGGUGGCCUCACCGUAUCCUAGAGCUAUGGUAACCCAUCCUUUCCCUCACCUUUGGCCCUUGCAA